GCAACAAACUCUAGAAAGAAAAAAAAUAUAAGAAGUUAAUUAACUCAUUAAUCUUUUCUGCUUACAGAAAAAGAAAAUGCCCAUUUCAAGAAUUGCCAUAGGAAAUUUGGGAGAGGCUACCAAGCCCGAUGCCCUCAAGUCAGCCCUAGCUGAAUUCAUUUGCAUGAUAUUUUUUGUAUUUCCUGCUGAAGGCUGUGUUAUAUUAUUCAGCAAGUUAAUAAUAUCCAAAGAGACAACCGCUAUGAUGAUUGCAAUAUCGAUAUCCCAUGGAUUUCCUCUAUUUGUGGCCGUUGCAGUGGGACUAAACAUAUCGGGAGGUCAUGUGAACCCUGCUGUCACUUUUGGUGCAUUUGUGGGUGGACACAUUACUUUUGUUAGGAGUAUUUUAUAUUGGAUUGCUCAGUUACUUGGAUCUGUAUCGGCUAUCUAUCUCCUCAAAUUUGCUACUAAUGGUUUGGUAAUGCUACUCACUCUCCAAGCACUUCGCAAGUAGUGUAAUCCAACCAUUAGACAUAACUCUGAGGGUUUUGAACAGGAAAUGAAUCACGUGGGUUUAACUAAAACAUACAAGGCAAGCCUGUAACU